AUGGCGUCUGAUACAUCUUUUCAAAUCAUUGAAUGCUUUGAAUGUGGAAAUACACGCGAUAUUGUAUGGUGCUCAAUCUGCGAAACCGAUGCCUUUACACGGAAUUUUCAUAGAUGGACAAGUGGUAACACAACGAUAGACCAAAUCAUUCAAUAUACCCAACAAUAUCGUGCAACAGGCUCUUUUAGUACUAUUUAUAGCGGUCUAUGGUUAGAAGGCCCUAGAUGGAAUUGGGACGAAAAAAACGCCGAUUGGCUUAGAAAUGGUCCGACAAAAUGUGCCUUAAAAAAAAUAGAAAAUUCUAAUCAAAUGAGUCGAGAAUAUUUAGAUAAUAUUAUAAAAUAUCAUCAAUGUCUUCAAGGAAGAUCUGUUGUUGAUUGCUUCGGUUUUACACGUGAUCCAACAGGUUGCUAUAUGUUCGUAAUGAGACUUUGUGAUGAAAAUUUAUACCAAUACAUUGAUAAAGCUAUGGAUUAUCUUCGCUGGGAAUUUAUUGUUGAAAUGCUUCGUGGAAUUAUUGAUGGCCUUAAACGAAUUCAUGAUAAUGGACUUUAUCAUGGUAACCUCCAUGGUGGAAAUUUGUUAAUCGAAAAUAUACCAGGAAGAAUUGGUAUAAGAAUUUCCGAUAUCGGACUAUAUG